GGCCACGGCUUUCCUCUAACCGUCAUCCUGACUGAAGGGCCCGCGGCGAGGCUUUUUUGGAGCUUGUACAUCCCAACGAAGCAAGAAGCUCAUCUCUACUACGAACCAUGGCGACGUCUGGCAUUGGCGUGUCGCAGGACCUCGCUGCGACGUUCUCUUCCGCGGUACAGGACAAGUCGACGCGUUUUCUGAAGGUUGUCAUCCAGAAUGAGUCCUUGGUCCACGCUGCGUCGGUUCCGGUCGGCGGUCAGCUCGCGGACGAUCUACCUAAGCUGCAGGAGCUACUCGAGGAUGCUGAGCCUGCAUACAUCCUGGCAAAGCUCGAUGCACCCUCCUCGGACUGGCUAGCCAUUCACUACGUCCCAGAUAAUGCGAAAGUACGGGACAAGAUGCUCUACGCCUCCACCCGCAACGCGCUAAUGCGCGCCCUCGGCUCCGCCACCUUCACUGACAACAUCUACGCGACGUCGAAAGACGAUGUCACGCCCGAGGCGUACGCAGCGCACCUGCGACAUCUGGCUGCGCCGAAGCCUCUGUCCGCACGCGAGAAGGAGAUUGAGGACGUGAAGGCGGCGGAGCGGGAGGGUGGGAUCAAUCAGUAUGAGGGUGCGAGGCGGAGGGUCACGGAUUUGGUGAACACGGGCGUGGGCUUCGAGUGGAACGAUGAUGCCGCGCAGGCGGUGAAGGAGCUCGGGGAGGCGGACGACUGCCGUGUCGUCGUCUUGACCGUAGAGAUGCCUGCGGAGAAACUGGCUCUCCAAUCGUCUCGGGAAACUACCAUCCAGGACCUCGCAUCGGUACUCCCCAAGACUGACCCUUGCUACGUCCUCUUCGCCUGGCCCCAAUCGCACACCUCACCCCCUCGGCGAGAAAUCAUCUUCAUCUACUCUUGCCCCUCCAGCUCGCCCAUCAAGUACCGUAUGCUCUGCGCAUCAGGCGCUCUCAUGAUCCAGCGUGGCGCGCAGGCUAUCCUCAACGACGCUGGCACGCAAUCGCACAUCGCGACCCGCAAGAUCGAGACGUCGGAUCCGAGCACCAUCGACGAGGCGCUGCUGGUGUCCGAGCUGGAUCUGGUGUCUACGAGGACUUCGAGCGACAUUGUAGGCGCGACACCAAACCCGCCGCCCACUACGACGUUCGCGAAGCCGAGGGGGCCGCCGAGGCGUCCGAGGUGAGGGGAAGGAAGAAGAGGCACUCAACGGAGUAUGAUGAGCUUACGAACUGCAAUAUACACACCUAUCGAGCCAAAGAAAUGCGGAUGGAAGUUCAGUAUGGCCCAGGAUGCCAAAAGUCCUCUGAAUAUAUGACUGCUAGUAAUACAUACCCGAUAAUCGUGCUAAUCGUCCCCAACCGGUACUUCCUCCUCCAAGUACUUGAUGAGCCGUACCCUGAUUUGCGUGUUCUCGUCGCCGCGCAGAACGUCCGAGACGAACUCUGCUGACACUUGCAUCUGGACCUGGAAGGGGAAUGCAGGUUGUGAGUGCGGCAGGAAGGCGAGGUAUGCAUCGGACGCACCAUCUCCAACGCUCCUCGCAAGACACCACAUAAAACGUUGCUGAACCAUAGUCCCCCUUCUAGCGCAUCGUCUG